ACUCUCUCUAUGGCCACUUGGGAAAUAUGUGUCUUUUUACAGGAGAUGGUGACAUUCAGGGAUGUGGCUGUAGAAUUCUCUCCAGAGGAGUGGGCAUGCCUUGACGAUGCUCAACGGAAUUUGUAUAGGGAGGUGAUGUUGGAGAACUAUGGAAACCUGGUCUCCCUUGGUCUUGCCAUUUCAAAGCCAGAGCUGAUCACAUGUUUGGAGCAAAGGAUAGAGCCCUGGAUUAAGAAGAAAGAGGAAACAACAGCUCAAUUUCCAGAUACUUUGUUAUUUUCAUUUCUUUCAGAACUGUCUUCCCAUUGCACCAAAGAACUAUUGCCAGAGCAAGGCAUAAAAGACCCAUUUCAGAAAUCAAUACUGAGACUAUAUGGAAGCUGUGGCCUUGAAAAUGUACACUUAAAAAGAGAAUGGGAUUGUGUGGUUGAGUGUAAGAAGCAGAAAGUAUGUUCUGAUGGCCUUACCCAAUGUCUAUCAAGUUGCCAUAGAAAAAUCUUCAAAUGUUAUAAAUGCAUAAAAGUCUUUAGUAAAUCAUCAAAUCUAAAUAGACACAACAAAAGACAUACUGGAGAAAAAACAUUCAAACUUAAUGAAUGUGGCAAAAUUUUUAAUCACAGCUUUAAUGUAUCUGGACAUAGGAAAUUUCAUAUGACAGAGAAAUCCUACAAGUGUGAAGAAUGUGGAAAAUCCUUUAACUGUUGCUCAAAACUUAUUAUACAUGGGAGAAUUCACACUGGAGAGAAGCCCUACAUAUGUGAAGAAUGUGGCAAAGCCUUUAACCAGUCCUCAAACCUUACUCAACAUAAAAGAAUUCAUACUGGAGAGAAACCCUACAAAUGUGAAGAAUGUGGCAAAGCCUUUGCCUCGUGUACAAAACUUACUGUACAUAACAGAAUUCAUAUGGGAGAGAAACCCUACAAAUGUGAAGAAUGUGGCAAAGCCUUUAACCAGUGCACACACCUUACUCAACAUAAAAGAAUCCAUAGUGGAGAGAAACCCUACAAAUGUGAAGAAUGUGGCAAAGCCUUUACCUGGUGUACAAACCUUGCUCUACAUAAAAGAAUUCAUAUGGGAGAAAAACCAUACAAAUGUGAAGAAUGUGGAAAAGCCUUUACCCAGUUUACACACCUUACUCGACAUAAAAUGAUCCAUACUGGAGAGAAACCCCACAAAUGUGAAGAAUGUGACAAAGCCUUUACCCGGUGUACAAAUCUUACUCUACAUAAAAGAAUGCAUAUGGGAGAGAAACCAUACAAAUGUGAAGAAUGUGGCAAAGUAUUUACCCAGUGCAUACAGCUUUCUCGACAUAAAAGAAUCCAUUCUCGAGAGAAACCCUACAAAUGUGAAGAAUGUGGAAAAGCCUUUACCCAGUGCACAUACCUUACUGAACAUAAAAGAAUUCAUACAGGAGAGAAACCUUACAAAUGUGAGGAAUGUGGCAAAUCCUUUACCCAGUCCUCAACCCUUACUCAACAUAAAAGGAUCCAUACUGGAGAGAAACCCUACAAAUGUGAAGAAUGUGGCAAA